GCUCCACCCUUUUCUUCCCGCAAUAUUUUAACAGACUAUAUGACAAAAACCACAAAACCCACACAAUCUCCACACAAAGCCACAGUCCCACAAAGCAAAGCAAAGCAAGCAGCCAAUUAAGGAAACCCCUCCUACUUCCUAAUCCAGCUCCGCCUAAUGCUGCCUUAUGCCACCGUCGACGCGGCGGAAGCCGCCCUCGGCCGACCCCUCACGGCGGCCGAGGCGCUCUGGCUCAGAUACUCCUCCACCAAGUCCGACUACUUCCUUUACUGCCACAACAUCAUCUUCCUCUUCCUCAUCUUCUCCAUUUUCCCCUUUUACUACCUUUUUCUCGAGCACUUCUUCGGUAAAUCUGUCGGGCCCUACAAAAUCCAGCCCAAGGUGAAGCUCGCUUUUCCCGAGACAAUCCGCUGCUACAAAUCGGUUAUGGGCAUGUUCUUUCUGAUUGUGGGUCCCCUUCAGCUCGUCUCCUACCCCUCCAUCAAGUUGAUAGGAGUAAGGACGAGCCUGCCAUUGCCUUCAUUAUGGGAAAUCUUACUGCAAUUGGGGGUUUAUUUCAUCGUCGAGGACUACACAAACUAUUGGAUCCAUAGGUUUCUGCACGGCAAGUGGGGGUACGAGAAAAUCCACAAAGUUCAUCAUGAAUACACAGCCCCAAUCGGGUUUGCGGCGCCAUAUGCUCACUGGGCAGAGAUUUUGAUCCUCGGGAUCCCAUCUUUUCUUGGGCCAGCUAUGGUCCCGGGCCAUAUCAUUACUUUCUGGUUGUGGAUUGCCUUGAGGCAGAUUGAGGCGAUUGAGACUCACAGUGGGUACGACUUACCUUGGACUCCAACGAAGUAUAUCCCUUUUUAUGGUGGUCCAGAUUACCAUGAUUACCAUCAUUAUGUUGGUGGACAGAGUCAAAGUAAUUUUGCUUCAGUAUUUACCUAUUGCGAUUACAUUUAUGGCACUGACAAGGGAUACCGCUAUCAAAAGAAGGUUCUUCAGCAGUUGCAAGAGGAACAAAAAUCCAAGAUUGGACAAGUCGAAGUUUUACAAGAUGAAUCUGCACAAGUCCAAUGGCUUGUCAAUGUUGGCUUUGGACCACUUUGCAUUAUUGCUAUGUUAAAUAUGAAAUGCAUGCUUUUGGAAGAUGGAGACACUAGACAGCGUAACAGAAAGAAUGCCUACCAUUUUCCUACUUUUAACUUCUAG